UGAGGAGGAGCCGCAGCCGUCGCCGUCGCCGUCGCCGCUACCGCUCUGCCGCCGCCACCACCGCUACCGAGGCCGUGCGGAGCCGUUAUCACCGCGCCGCCCGCCCCGGAGCAGAGUCCCGGGCCUUCCCGCCCGUGUUCAGAUUUUUAAAUAAUACGAUGUCUAAUGGUUAUGAAGACCACAUGGCGGAAGACUGCAGGGAUGACAUUGGGAGAACGAAUUUAAUUGUCAACUACCUCCCUCAGAACAUGACCCAGGAGGAACUACGGAGUCUGUUCAGCAGCAUUGGCGAGGUUGAAUCUGCAAAACUUAUUCGGGAUAAAGUUGCAGGACACAGCUUGGGCUACGGCUUUGUGAACUAUGUUACUGCAAAAGAUGCAGAGAGAGCAAUCAGCACACUGAACGGCUUGAGGCUUCAGUCCAAAACCAUUAAGGUAUCAUAUGCUCGCCCAAGCUCAGAGGUUAUCAAAGAUGCCAACUUGUACAUCAGUGGGCUUCCAAGGACCAUGACUCAGAAGGAUGUGGAAGACAUGUUUUCUCGGUUUGGGCGAAUCAUCAACUCCAGGGUCCUUGUGGACCAGACCACAGGUUUGUCCAGAGGGGUUGCCUUUAUCCGGUUUGACAAACGGUCUGAAGCAGAAGAGGCAAUUACCAGUUUCAAUGGUCAUAAACCCCCAGGUUCCUCGGAGCCCAUCACAGUGAAGUUUGCAGCCAAUCCCAACCAGAACAAAAACAUGGCUCUCCUCUCGCAGCUGUACCACUCGCCUGCUAGGAGGUUUGGAGGCCCUGUGCAUCACCAGGCACAGAGAUUCAGGUUCUCCCCUAUGGGUGUAGAUCACAUGAGUGGGAUUUCUGGUGUCAAUGUCCCCGGCAAUGCUUCCUCGGGCUGGUGCAUCUUCAUCUACAACCUUGGGCAAGACGCCGAUGAGGGGAUCCUCUGGCAGAUGUUUGGCCCCUUUGGUGCAGUUACCAAUGUGAAAGUGAUUCGUGAUUUCAACACCAACAAGUGCAAAGGGUUUGGUUUUGUGACCAUGACAAACUAUGAAGAAGCUGCAAUGGCCAUAGCAAGUCUGAACGGCUACCGCCUGGGGGACAAAAUUUUACAGGUUUCCUUCAAAACCAACAAGUCCCACAAAUAACUCGCUCUCACGCUUUUUUUUUUUUUUUUUUUUUUUUUUUUUUUUUUUUUUUUUUUGUAAUGGAAUAGAUAAUUAAGAGUGAAGAAGUUGAAACUUUUUUGUUAGUGUACAACUCAUUUUGCGCCAAUUUUCACAAGUGUUUGUCUUAGUCUAAAUGAGAAGUGCAAAGGUUUUUAUACUCUGGGAUGCAACCAACAUGUUCAAAUGCUUGAAAUCCCACAAAUGUUAGACCAAUUUUAAGUUUCUUAAGUUAUUUCCUUUAAAGUAUAUAUUAAACUGAAACCUAAGUAGACUGCAUUGACUAACCAGUCACUCUGGAUGGUGGUGGAACUGAAGCAUGCUUUUACUUCUAAGACUGUCUAACACCUGUUUCAUUGGAUGUCUCCACAGACUGGAUUUAAAACAAAGCAACAACAACAACAAAAAAAAACUUUCCUUUUUUUUUUUUUUUUUUUCUUUUUUUUUUUUUUUUUUUUAAUUUCUUUAGUUUCAGUUUUUAACCUAAAGAUGUUAGACAGAUGGGGACUGUGUUUUUUCUCAACUGCUUCACUAUUUUAAAUGAUUUCUGCUUUAGUUGACAGAUUUGCCCUCCCCAGCAGUCCCACUGCUGCCUCCUGCCCACUCAGUCCCAGCCCUAUGGUGUUGGGAGCAGCAGCAGGGCCCAUACUCUGGGGCCUCACAAAGGGAGGUGGGAAGAGGUUCCACGUGUUGGGCUGAGCCAGGCCCUCCAGAGACACAAAGGUGUUUUGUAAGCCCAGGCACCAGUGAGAACGGACCAAAGAGUUUCAGGGCAGCUCCAGUAUAUUCCAGAGUCAAGCCUGAGCUCCAGGUAUGCCUGAAGAUGCCCCCUCCUCUGACAUCCUGAGUGUCUGUCCACACAUUGCAUGCAUGGUGCCCACACAUCAGAUACUAUUGUUCAUGCAACUUCCCGAGUUUCCGAGACCAUUUAACCUAGCUUGAAUGCACAAUGACUGCUCUGUUUUUAAUGACACAGAACAUUUGAGCAUUGUAUUUCUCGCAUCCCUUCUUGUGAGCACUAGGCUUUUUCCAAUCUUAGAUUUUUUGCUUUGAAAUUUUGCUUUUGUAUGGACACUCAGCAGAAAAGUACUUCUUGCCAGUUAUCUAUUAACACAAACCUUUGAUUUGUAGUUUUAAGGAUUAACCCUCAAAGUUCUCUUCAUAACUGCCUUGACGUUUGGGGUUCUGUUCUGUUAAUUUUCUUUUGCUUUUUUGUGUUUUUUGUUUGUUUUUACUUUUGCAUUUAAGACCAUUAAAUUUGAUUUUGUUUUGCUCGAGUUUUGUUUUGUUUUUUGUUUUACCUUUUCUUUCUUUUUUGGCUAGGGAAGGGCACAGACAGCCCAGCAUCCAGGGAGGAGUCUGUCAGACCUUAAACACUUGCCUCAAGUUUAAAAAGCAUUUCUGGAGCUAUGGUAUAGAAACACAGCUAUGGAUCAAUGGUUCUUAACUCGGGAGCUGGUAGGAAAGGUCAGAGGGAAGGUCUUGAGAGCAGAUGAGGCCUGACCUCUACAGCCCUCAGGACUGCUCUGAUUUUUAUUAGUAUGUGGAGAGGAUGAGAACAGGCUAGUGCAGUUACUGGCAGCUCUUCACUUUGAUGUGAGCCUGGAGUGUAUAACAGCAGGCUAGUAUUUAGUUCUUGAUAUCAUGGUAUGAUAGCAUUAUUUAUAUAUUUGUUUACUUAUAUAUAUAUAUACAUACAGCUAUUUAUUUUGUUUCAUUUACUUAAGUGGAAAACUGAGCAAAAAGCACAUCCAUCUCUAAAGCAGGUCAGUGUGUCAAGAAGCCCUCAUACAAUCUGAGGCUGCCUGUUCCCUCCCCUGCCUCCUUUUCCUGACUUCCCUGGAGGGGCUCUUUGCAGUGUUUUCUCCCAUUGAUGAGGUCGCCUCCUGUACUCAGGCUUUGUCCACGCCAAGUGAGCCAAGUGCUGCUCGGUACCUCACUCCAUCCCAGAAUCCCCAGCCUAUAGGACCUGAAACCCAGAGCCAAAGGCUCAUAUGCCCAGAUCUGACCAAAAAAAGAGAGGGGUCCCCUGCUCUGAUGGUGCCAAGUGCUCCUCCCUGUGGGACCAGAAUGUUCUAAUAAAAUAGGCAUUUCCAGUUUCUUAGGCCAACAUUCUUCUGAGUGAAGGUCGGAUUUUCCAUCCAACUGUUUCCGGGUUUCUCCUCAGUUCUGCAGCCUUAGUAUUCCACUCCCAGAAGGGACUGUCUUUAAAGUACCUGGUGCUCAGAGCCAGCACCUCAGUCGUUAUUCCAUCCCCACCACCCAGAUACCUGUUUACUCCAUAGUAACUCAGAGAGGAAAUGGGCAAAUCUCACCAGCUUCUGGAGGUUACUUCAGGUUCAUUGAAAUUCUCUUUCUGUGUGAUCUCUACUGUCAGGCCAAUGUUCUAGGUAAAAGUCCCAGUGCAUUGCUUGAUGUGCUUUCUACGUUAGUGUCUAGAAGAAACUAGCUGUGGAAAGGCACUCCUGAAGGCCAUUUUCAUUCUGUGAAAGGACUAGUGCUGGGCCCAGGCUCAUGGUACAUGACAGCUUAUCAGGCUUACUAGGAAGGGGACAUUCCGGAACCCAGACAUGUCUGUAGCUCAGAUAUUAAAGCACUGGACAAGCAUGAGGGAAGCCCUGAGCUCCAUUCCCAGCGUUGGAGAAAAAGUCACAACCCAGAGAAAGGGUUUGUUUUGUUUUGUUUUUUUAGCAGAAAAUUUAUCUUGUUUUUAUUGAACAAGUUAAGGGCAUUUCUUUUGUUGAGAAGUAUAACAGAAAAAAAUAUAUACAGAAUAGGUAAUGUUCAAUCGUCAAAAAUAUGGUUUGGCCAAUACCAAAGAGGCUGACUGAGUUCUUGACCUCCUCUGGUAGUGGGUUAUUUGUUGAACCUCCUCCACAUUCUUCCGCCUACUUCUGGUUGGGUUACCUGUUUCUUUCUGGAGUGAUUCUCUCCCCAAGUUGAAGCUUUCCUAGGUAACAUCCCAAGCCAUCCUGGCUGUGCCUCUGGUCACAGUGCUGUGACUGUGUCCCUCCUCCCCAUACUCUGAGCAGCUCCCAUCUUCCUUGAAUACCUAAGAACUGGACUUCCCUAGGAGGUGGGGUGUGAUGCCGCUGUACUGAAUGGACUCUGUCUCCCUCAAUGUUGCCUUAACCUUUUCGUGGCGUGAGUAUUUAAGGAGCUCCUCCUACACAGCUUCAGACUGGACCUCCUCCUUGCUAUAAGGAGCUAAAACUGGAAUCUCCCAGCUGGCAUUUAAGGAGAAGCCUGCUGGGUCAGAGAAAUAAAUGAGCCUCCAAGACAGUAGCAGUUUUACCUAUCUUGGGUUGCCUCCAAAUAAUAGCCAUUUGUCUAUAAAGUAAUGUGUUGAAAGGAUGUGACCUACUUCAGUCAGGUGUUAGGUUUGGAAAUCAAAGUUGAAAUAACCGAGCUCUUCCAGUUCGCAUGUUUCAGCAAGAUUUUAUCUCUCGAUGCUUUGUGUAGCCAGCUUUCCUAUAUUGGGUGAAAGAAUGAGUACACUGAAAGGGCCUCUGCCUCCUCCAUCCCCAACACCUUGUCCUUCCUCUCUUUCCAGGAACUGCCUCACCCACUGGGACACUCAAGGGGUCAGGAAUCCUGUUUCCAAACUUUCCCAGAGUACCCCAAAGUCAUGAGUGCUUACUGUUGGGUGGCUUUGACACAUUCUUAGGGGGAACAACAGAGCAUGCAUUUCCAUCCUAAAUAAGGACCCUCCCACCCCCCACCCUUGACCUUUAAUAAUGAUUGUAUUACAUUUUCCCAUAACCUUCUGCUGAUGUGGUUCAAUUUCUUUCUCUCAGUCAUGAAAUAUUUAUUUAUUUAUUUACUUAUUUAUUUACCUAUUUAUUUAUUUAUUACUUGUGAGUCACCAGCUGCCAAGUAUUUGCAUUAGGCUGGUGGAGACUUUGAGAGGACUGUGCUUUUCUGUUCCCCUCCCCCAGAAAAGAAGGCUGGUUGGUUGGUUUGGACCGCCUCUCUUCCCACAUGCUGUUUCCCUCACAGUGGCUUACUUUGGGGGAGGGGAGGGCUUCUACCAGCUGAUUCCCAUGUUGUACACUAGAUGGCUAGACAUUUUUGUAUAUUAGUGUGUUUUAAGUUAUUGAUUUGUUUUAUAUGAAAUAAUUUAUUUUUCAGGUACCAUUUUUUUUUUCAUUUUAACUUUGUUUUUACAUGGGUUUGUUUUCAAUAAAGUCUGACAUUGCUGUCCAAAGUCAACAAUAAAGUGAAUCCCAUUGUGUUCUUUUGAGGAUGUUUAUGUAACUAGCCUUUAAAAGUAAUUUUCAGAAAAAGAAAGAUGGGGAACAAAAACCCUUACCUGUUUUCCUUCUCCCAUUGCCUUUUUCCCCACUUUAAAUCCUUGUGAAUAAAUGUUCUUCAGUGUUUUAGGAAGAAAAAGCAAACCUAGAUUUUGAUAAUCCAGAAGAUUUCAGAUUAAUGAAGCUUUGAAAGAACCAUUUUUCGAAAUUUUAGUGACGUGUGAAUAUUUUUUGUCAAUGGCUUUCUCAAAGAGAAUGAAACUUUUGCACCAUUUUCAGAGUUUUUAUAGAGAUGCCAAAUUGAUAUAUUUACAUGUAAUGGAAACAUAAAAAAAGUUUUAUUAAACAAUUGUUCAUAGCUGUGUAGACAUUUUAAUUCAGCUUCCAAAGCUCUUCAAAGUCGUAUUUUGGAGAUACGGGGUGUUAAUUGACGAUUCCAAACCAGUCAGUUGUCUGAAUACUCAGUUCCUUCCACAGGUGUCAGGCUUGUGUUAAACAUUCUGUGUUAUCACUGACUGGAAUUGUGUGAUAUUUUGGUAAUAAAUGAAGUGGGAUCAUUGA